CCCUAAGUAAUUAUUAAAUUAGGAUUUUUCAUUUUCUCGCUGUGUUUUCAGAGAGAGAAAAGUAGGGCGAAAGAAAGUCCAACAAACAACUCUUAUUAUUAUUAUUAUUAUUAGAAACCCAAUAUUGUUGUUUUCGUUACAGUUUCAAUAGAACCGGAGGUGAUCAAAAGCUUUCAAAUUCAGGAAUUAGGGUUUUCAAACGGAAUUGGUUGGCUAGGGUUUUGUUAAAAAAGACCUUUACUUUAAUCUUUAAUCUUGGUUUUAUUUGGGGGGUGGGUAUUGGGAUUUGAUGCGAAGCACAGGUUGGAUUGGGGGUUUGUGAGUUUUGAGGGUGCGCUCAAUGGGGAGCACUGGUGAGGCUGACCGAAAACGGCGUCACUUUAACUCUAUACCGCCCACUGCUGUUGCCUCGAAGAAGCAACCAUUCUUGCCAAUUUCUGAGGAGAAAAAGCUUGAUGCUGCAGUUCUACAAUUUCAGAAUCAAAAGCUUGUACAAAAGUUAGAGGCACAGAAAGUUGAGUGUUCUACCCUUGAGAAUAAGUUCCUUCAACUGAAAGAGAAACAAAAGUCAUAUGAUUCUACAUUGAAAGCGGUGAAUAAAUCUUGGGAAGCACUGAUUACAGACUUGGAAUCAAGGUCCAUCCACACAAGAAAAUCUAGUGGACAGGAUGUUGGACAUACUCCAAAUGUGAAAGACGGGCCUCCAUCCUAUACUGAGAAUGCUUUUCUUAGCCGACUUAUGGAGACAGGUGCGACUGAAAGUUCCUCUUCCAAUAAUUGCACAGAGCAGAUUAAAGAAGAUAGAGAACAUACCGUUUCUGCAAAGUCUGGGAACAUUUUAAACAAUAUAAUAGUUGCCAUUGAUGACCUGUGGUGCCUGAAGGAUGGGUUAUAUGCUGCAGUUCGGAAGGAGCUUCAGAAUGAUGGCUCAUGCGGGCAGCUGGCAGAACUAGAAUCAGAAGUUAAGAAUUUGAGAUUCGCAAUAGCUGAUGUUCAUUUGAAUCACAGAUCUUUGGCAAGGGAAUUGCAGAGCCAUAGAGAUAUUGAUGCGAAAAAUAAAGCUGAGCUUAAACGUCUGAAAGGUGAAUUGGAGAGUGCAGUUGCGGAACUGCAGGAAAGUAACUGCAAAUUGGCAACUCUUAAAGCAGAGAGAGAUGCAACAAAAGGGGCAUUUUUUCCUGUCUUAAACCUUGGCAGUAAGCAUGUUUCUGGUGACAAAGUCAAAGAUAAGCAUAUAGAUCUGCAUGAAAUGGAGUCUGCCCUUAAGGAACUGUUGGAACAAGCUUCUUCCCGACUGACAGAGCUAAAAGGUCUUCAUGAAGAAAGAAUUCAAAUAUUACAGCGGUUAUCAAAUUUGCAGAACGCAUUGAAGAGUGUAAAGUGUAUUUCUUCUUCCAAAGUGUACCUUUUGGUGAGAGAUCAACUAGAAAAAUCCAAGUCAGAAGUUUUCCUCCAUCAAGAUUUAUUUGAGAAACUACAGGUUGAGAAAGAUAACCUGGCUUGGAGAGAAAAGGAGUUGAGCAUAAAGAAUGAUAUAGCUGAUGUUUUUCAGAGAUCAUUGGCAGUUGCUAAUUCUAGAGCUUCUCAUCUUGGGGCAGAGAUACAGCGACAAGUUGAUGAAAGAAAGAGGAUUGAAGCUAAGCUGGAAGAGGCAUCUAGAGAACCAGGAAGAACGGAAAUAAUUGCAGACUUUAAAAGCUUGCUUUCUUCAUUUCCCGAGGCAAUGAGUUCGAUGCAGAGCCAAUUAGGGAAGUACAAAGAGGCUGCUGUGGAUAUUCAUUCUCUCCGGGCUGACGUGCUAUCUCUUUCCAGCAUUCUCGAUAGGAAGGCCAAAGAGAUAGAGAAUUUAUCUGUCAGAUCUACUGACCAAGUUACUCAGAUGCAUAAGUUGCAAGCCAUGGUACAGGAUUUGAAGGACAGUGAUGGGGAAUUGAAAUUGAUAUUGGAGAUGUAUAGACGUGAGUUCACUGAUUCAAGCUAUAUUUUGGAAGCAAGAGAUUCAGAAUUCAAGGCAUGGGCUCAUGUUCAAAGUUUGAAAUCCUGCCUUGAUGAGCAUAAUUUGGAAUUACGUGUUAAGACAGCUAAUGAAGCUGAAGCGAUAUCCCAGCAAAAGUUGGCUGCUGCCGAAGCUGAAAUUGCUGAGUUGCGACACAAAUUGGAGGCUUCUAAGAGGGAUAAAUCUAGGCUUACUGAUUCUUUAAAAGCCAAAAUUGAAGAAAAUGAGGCUUACUUAUCUGAAAUAGAGUCAAUUGGACAGGCAUAUGAUGAUAUGCAAACUCAAAACCAGCAGCUAUUGCAGCAAAUUACUGAAAGAGAUGACUAUAACAUCAAGCUUGUUUUGGAAGGUUUGAGGGCAAAACAGCUUCAGGACACUCUACUCUUGGAGAAGCAUAACAUGGAGAAAGAGAUUCAGCAAGCCAGCACAUCCCUUGAUUUUUAUAAUAUGAAAGCUGCAAGAAUCGAGGAUCAGCUGAGGUUUUGCUCAGACCAGGUUCAGAAACUUGGAGAAGAAAGAUUUCAAAAGUCAGUUUCAUUGGAAAAUACGCAAAAGCGAUUGUCAGAUAUGAGAAGAUCCUCUCAUCAAGCAAAGGAGUCACUGGAGGACUCGCAAUUGAAGAUUGAGAAAAGUCGAGCGGCAUUAGUGGAGUUGCAGAUUGAAAUAGAGAGAGAAAGGUUUAAAAAGAAAAGACUUGAGGAAGAAUUGGAAGUAGCGAGAAGAAAGGUUGUACAUCUUCGAGCGAAGACAGAAGGGAACUUGAUGGUUGAAAGGCUUCAACAAGAACUUAGAGAGUACAGAGAAAUACUGAAGUGCAGUAUCUGUCUUGACAGACCAAAAGAGGUUGUUAUUACAAAAUGCUACCAUCUCUUCUGCAACCCUUGUGUGCAUAAAAUCACCGAAAGUCGUCACCGCAAGUGUCCGGUUUGUGCUGCAAGCUUUGGUGCCAAUGAUGUUAAACCUGUUUAUAUCUGAUUUAGGAGCUCUCAUCAGAACUGGUUAUCCAUGAGAUUCGACCCACAUCUCACAUCCUUGCACUGUCACCACACAUAUGAACACUCACAGGUUCCAUGUAUUGUUGUUUUAGAGUUGUUAGAAAAGAAUCUAGACUGGAACUAGAGGUUUCCUAUCCGUUUGGUCAGUGCAGAUCCUCACAACAUUUGCUUGUUUGGUUCCAAGUUGAUUGGACUUAAUUCUACAGUAUUUUAUGAUGUUUGCCUCUUCAUUUAACUGCCUGGAGCCACUGGAAUCUUUCAAGUUACUGUUUGCAGAUUAUUCAGAAUUGAUCAAAUUCUGUAUUCUGCUGAAACCUUUUGGAGCAUUACUGAAAAGUUUUUGGGCUGCACAGAUUUUAGUAGAACAUUUUAGUAUUAUUUGUUUUCUUUUCAUUUUUUCUUUAUAUAUAUAUUAAUGGUAGUUUAUGACAGUUACAUGUUGAAGGAAAAUAGUCUUCUAUUUCUUUUAUUUAUUGUGGAGGAAGAUUAUAGUUAUAGUAGCCAUUAUAAGGCCUUACUUUUGAAAUUAACGAGUUUGAUUUUGCUUGUGUUUCUCUAGGUAGGGGACUAAUGAGAAUGAAUGAAUCAUGAGACUUACUGUUGUAUUCGUCUCAUGUUUAUAUAUAUAUAUAUUGCUGUGCCGUAAUUGUAUUCAAAAUAUUCUAUAUUUAUAUAAAUUUUGAUAUGUUGGCAAUUCAAA